AUGCUUCUGAAAUCGAGGGAGGAUCAAUGGCUGAACGUGCUUCCGCAUGAGGUGGGGAGGAGAGAGGGGAAAGGGUGGAGGGGAGAGAGGGUAGUAGAGGGAAAAGAGGGGGCGGAAGGGGCGGAAGGGGCGGAAGGGUCGCAGCAAGUGCGGUGGUAUACCUCCAACGUCAACGGCGCUGUGCCGACCUCUCUGCUGCACCGCCUAGUCAGCGCUGACGUGGACAGCAAGCUUACCAGGCUGGCAGGUGGAGACGCCACGCUGGGAAACCGGUUGCUCGCCCUUCCCCUGACCGCUUCAUCUCACCUCCUGCUCUUCCCCUCGGGUCACCGAUAUGACUGCCUUGCUGCCACCACCCACUCCUCCCUGCUUGGCAGCAGCAGCAGCUAUGGGGGGGAAGCGGAGGGAGGGGCACAGGGGGAAGUGGUGUGGGGGAGCAGAGUGGGGAAGAAGAUUCUGCAGGUGAGGAAAGAGGGGCUGGCGGCGGGGGGUACAGGGGGAGGGGAGGGACUGGGGGAGCAGAGUGGGGAAGGGAAGAAGAUUCUGCAGCUCACGGCCUUUAACAGUGCUAGCCUUCCGUCCCGCCUGCUCCUCCCCAGUCCCCACUCAACUCGCUCUCAUCACCACCACCGGUCGACUGCAAGUCACUCACACUGCCCCUCUGCUCCUUUCUUCCCUUCCUGCCCUUCCCCGUCAACAUCAGCGUUCGGGCCUACUGGUGGGCUGGAUGGUCGCUGCUUUGCGGUGGCGUCUAGUCGCCUGGUCAUGCUCUUCGACCUUCGCAACACAGUGGCGCCGCUGUUACAGUGGGAGCAUGGUAUGGAGGAUGACCCGCCCCGCCUGCUGCACUUCAACUACCUCGGAGCAGCUUAUAAAGGGGACAGACGGUCCGGAGGAACAGCCAAUCACAGGCAACGGAGCAGCAGUAUUGGCGGAUGCUCGUCAGAAUCACGCCUGAUACCGUCACAGCUGCUGCAGUCACACUCGAGAAUGGCAAUGGACGGACCUACCACUCCCUUCGUGCCUCUUCACGACGGCAAGGCCCCCCCACCACAGAUCACACUCACUGCAGCGGCCUUGGGUUCAGGCCGGAUCAUCACAUGCCCUAUUGCUCUCACCACUGCUCCUUCUCCUCCUCCUUCCACGAAUGCUGCUGCUGCAACAAAAGCAACGGCAGCAGCAGAUGCUGAAGCAGCAGCAACAGCUAGAGCUGAAGCUGCUGCUGCCCGUCGGGCAAUUAAACGUUUCCAGGCUGCCCAGCGGCGCACGCCGCACCUCUUCCGAGCCUUGUCUGGAGGUUUGGCAACCGUGGCUGCUGCUCCGUUCCCCUCUUGCGCUGGUGGUGUGGAUGUGAGUGUAUCGAAGGGUAUGAUGAUUAAAGCAGCAGAUAGAGAGGAGGGGGAGGAGGAGGAGGAGGAGGAGGAGGAGGAGGAGGAGGAGGAGGAGGAGGAGGAGGAGGAGGAGGAGGAGGAGGAGGAGGAGGAGGGGAGGAGGAGAGGAGAAGGAGUGGGGAAGGGCAGAAGGAGAAACAAACAAAAAGGGUACAGCACGAAGAAGCACGCAUCCUCAUUACAAGCAUCUUCACUAUUACAACACCCUAGCGCACCCAGAGGUCCUCAAUUCAUAUCCACACCGGCCCUCCUCCCUCUAGAAAUCCCAUCCCCCUUCGAGAGGAAGCGUCCCAGAAGCAUCCUGCCGCGGUCCCUCGAUCCUGUAGACGUGCUGCAGGCCUCUCAGCCAAUCCCAGCUGUCCACGUGGCAGGCACUGCACUUGCUCCAAUCGCUGGCCUUGCAUGUAUAAGCACGCUGCCGUGUGCUCAUAACGAAGCUCGGCCCGACAGCCAAUCAGGCGGUGGGAAAAAAACAGCAGGGAGAUGGGCAGAGGAGGCUGGGAAUAAUGAGGGAAGAUUUGAUUUGAUUCAGCUGACAAGGCUUGGAGAUGUGUGGGCGGCAUCAUACGGCAUGGAGUGGGAGGGGAGGAAAGGCAAGAGUAAACAGGGAGAAAAGGAUGGAAGAAAGGAGGGCUUCUUACAAGAAAGGGAGGAAGAGGAGGAAGAGGAGGAAGAGGAGGAUGAGGAGGAUGAGGAGGAUGAGGAAGAGGACAAGGACGAGGAGGAGGAAGGGGAAAAGGAGGACAAUGAGAAGUUUGCAAGUUCUAAAGACAAGCGCAACAGGAGAAAGAGGAGGAGGGGGAGAGGGGAGAGCGGGGGUGAAGAAAAGAGGAGAAAGACAGGAGGAGGGAAGUUUCCUCUGGUGCAGGCAGCAGCACUUGCUGGGAGUGCGUGGGAGCAGCAGGCCGCACAUGUGGUGAAGAGGAAGAGUGACAAGUUCGCCACUCCGAAAUCAUACACCAUCCAGCUUCCAAACGUCGCGCACUAUGUGCGCUCGGCUGUGGAUCCAGUGGUUGGGAGUAGGAGGGGGGAGAAGGCGGAAGGAGAGGAGGAGGUGAGAGGAGGCCAGGUGAGAGAAAGGAGCACCGAGAGGGAUGUUAGGGGGAAUUCACAACGCAGGCGGAAAAAGCAUCAGCAGCAGCAGCAGCAGGAGGAGGAGGAGCAGCAGCAGCAGCUGGAGGAGGAGGAGGAGCAGCAGCAGCAGCUGGAGGAGGAGGAGGAGCAGGAACAGGAGAAGGAAGAAGGGCAUUUGAAUGUGUCACUGGCAAGAGUGGCAGAGAUUUGCACAGGAGGAGAUGGCACGACUGCAUGGCCUCUGACAUGUCACGAGAUUGCGGAGGCAGCAGCAGACGCCCAGCCACCCCAGCCAAUCGCCGAGCGCCACAUGGCAGCACGGGGGCAGCGGGUGGACUCAGUACUGCAAUCCCUGCGUCGCUUGGGGUUCCUGGGCGAGAGAAGCGCCUCUAUUUCUUCUGCUGCUGCUGCUGCUGGUGCUGGUGGUGCUGCUGGUGCUGGUGGUGCUGCUGGUGCUGCUGGUGCUGCUGGCACUGCUGGCACUGGCGCUGGUGCUGAUGCUAGUGGUGCCACUGCCAGCAGGCAGUGCGGCAUGUCUUGUCAGAAUCCGGACCCCUUCUCCCACACCUUCCCGUUCGCGUCACAGCAGAGUUUCUCUCCUUUCUAUCCACAGCAGCAUAUUCCCUCCCAAGCAACUCCCUUUGCCUCCCAAGCAACCCCCUUCUCCUCCCAGCCAUACCACCAGUUUGCCUCCCAACCAGAACACCGCUUUGAAUCGCAGCAAAGCUCCUUCCAACCGUUCAGCUCCUCUCAGAACCCCAUCGGAUCGCAGCAGUUCCUGUUUGACACGCAGGAGAGCAUCGCGCCCUCUCACAUGCUGCCACCUGGCAGCUUGCACGCGAAUGCGACGCUGCCAAGUCAGCAUGUGCAGCCGCAGCAGCUCAUGCCAGGUCAGCAUCGGGUGAUCGUGCCAUGUAUGGGAGAUGCAGCUGCAGCAGGAGUAGGUGGAGAAGGAACAGGAGUAGUAGGUGGGCCAGGAGGAGCAGAUGAGAGAGCAGGGGCAAGGGCAGCCGCAUCAGCAGCAGGGGCAGCGGGAGGAGCGGAAGGAGCGGCGAGUGAAACGGUGGCAGCUUUAACGGAUCGGUCACUGUUCUUGGCGUCACUCCCUAUCGGCCCCGCUUGGCCCGAUGCUGUCAUGCUGCCAGGGCAACAGAGGAGAGGAGGGAGAGGGAGUGAGGGUGCGAGUGGUUUGAAGGAGGAAACUGUUGGUCCGCAUCGACAGCAGGCCGCGUGUCGCGUUGUGAUUGGGCGGUGGGACGAGGCUAUUCAGGAGUGGACAGCGGAGAAGGAUAAAGAAGAGAUUCCGACUCUGCAGUUUGACAAAGAUUUGCCUGAGGCUGACGAGAUGGAGCAAGCAAGCAUUGCAAGAAUCAUGGCUGCAUGUAGAGAAGACAAUUUUGGAAUGUAG